AAAAACCAAAAUUCCUCGGUAAGCUAUAAAAACCGAAACAACAGUGCCUUUUCUUGAUCAAUCUGCGGCAUGAACCACCACCACCACCACUACCACUACCACUACCACGGCGGGACUGCGGCCACAUGACAUUCAUCCCUUACGUCCCCCGCACGUUGGUUGGCACUCUAAUCCCCAAGUACCUAGUAAUAAUUAGCCGUACAAUUUCUGCUCAAGCCGCAGUUAGCAAUGCUAACUUCAACCCCAUCCCAUGACCGCCAAACCAGCCCACUGAAGAUUAUGCAAAAACCAUAGCAACCCAAAUCUCAAAGUGCACUAAUUUGAAACAGCUUAACCAAAUCCACGCUCACAUCACGCGCACCCACUUUUUAGCAUUGUACCCAGUUUCAUUUCAUUAUAACAAUCUAAUGAGAUCGUAUGCCAAUCUAAAUUCACCCGUAAAGGCUCACCAUUUGUUUGUUGAAAUGUCCCGAGCUGGUAUUACAGUAGACACAUUUACACUACCAAUUGUACUAAAAUCCGUGUCCCAAUAUUUUGAUUCAUCGAUGUUAAGACAGGUUCACGGGAUGGCAAUUAAGUUGGGGCUAGAGAAAAAUAUGUAUUGUGAGAGUGGGUUGAUAAGUUUGUAUUGUAAGGCGGGUGAGUUUCGAAACGCCCAUAAAUUGUUUGAUGAAAAUACCGACAGGAAGUUGGGUUCCUGGAAUGCUUUGAUUGCUGGCUUGUCACAAAGUGGGCGUGGGAAGGAAGCGAUAAGGAUGUUUAUGCAAUUGAAAGAAUGUGGGUUUCAGCCUGAUGAUGUUACGAUGGUUAGUGUAACUUCUGCUUGUGGAGGUUUAGGGGAUGUGAAUUUAGCACUUCAGUUGCAUAAAUGUGUGUUUCAAGCAAAAAGUUUGGAAAAGUUGGAUUUGUUGAUGAUGAAUUCACUUAUUGAUAUGUAUGGAAAGUGUGGUAGAAUGGAUUUGGCUAACAAGGUGUUUAUGAAGAUGGAAGAAAGAAAUGUGUCAUCCUGGACAUCUAUGAUUGUCGGCUAUGCAAUGCAUGGGCACGUCAGGGAUGCACUAGAGUGCUUCCAUGAUAUGAGAAAUGCUGGAGUGAAGCCUAACCAUGUAACAUUUGUUGGAGUGUUGAGUGCAUGUGUUCACGGUGGGAGGGUGCAGGAGGGAAAACAUUAUUUCAAGAUGAUGAAGAAUGAGUAUGGGAUUGCUCCCAUGUUGCAACAUUAUGGAUGCAUGGUGGAUUUGCUAGGCCGGGGAGGUUUACUUGAUGAAGCUAGGGUCAUGGUGGAAGAGAUGCAAAUGAAACCUAAUGUGGUCAUUUGGGGUUGUUUGAUGGGUGCCUCUGAGAAAUAUGGAGCUGUUGAGAUGGGAUAGUGGGUAGCUAAGCACUUGCUUGAGUUGGAACCUUGGAAUGAUGGGGUAUACGUGGUUUUAUCCAAUAUCUAUGCUAGUAAUGAUCUGUGGGAAGAGGUAGAAAGAAUAAGAGGGAUUAUGAAGGAGAGAAAACUGGCUAAGAUUCCAGCUUAUAGCUUAUCCACUAGCACUGGUUGAAAUCCACUAGAUUAGCAUGCAUUGGUUUUCUUUUAAUUUAUCCUUUUAUCAGAUGCAGUUUUAAUUGGACUAUUUGUGAUUAACUGACACUCACAAAUCUGAACUCUUCUCGCCAUGCUUCUGUUUACUUGCUAUUUGUCCCGUGAGUUUUUUCUAGGAGAUGUUAGAUUUUGGAUAAGGACAAAGGAGAGCAAGACAAAAUAAAGUUGAAGCUCCUUGUAUACGGGACAUAAAUAUGAAUUGCCAGCAUUCAUCCUCAUACAGCUGGUUUCUUGAUGCCAUGAAGUUUCUGGGAGAUCUUAGAUGGACAGCAUGCAGAAAGGUUAUUUCUGGUCUUGCAGCUGGAAAACAAUGCUAACAUGUUCAGUUCUAGGUCUGACUUACUAGCAUUUUGUUCCUCCUAGACCAUGCGUGGGUAAACAGUGUUGGAUCACAUGAUUUAUUUUCUGCCUUUGCUUCUCUUCUAUUCCAGUUGUUUCAAAUGAGCAUCAUUAAUACGCAUGAUUGAUAACAUUGGAUGCAGAUUGAAGCAGUUCAAGUUGUCAAGAUGUUAACACUGUGAAUGUACAUUGAUUGACUUAAAAAUAUUUCGUAUUUAUAAUAUCUUUGAACAGGGAAUUUUCUCCACCUGGUAGAGAAUGAUAUACCAUGUUGUAUAGGCAUUGGAAAUAAGUAUAGCCCAGGUCAGGGAUAAGUAAAUUCCAAAAAUGAUUUCAAAGUAGAUCAUGGAUGAAAUUUGGAGUGAUAUGAUAUAGAGAUCAUCUCUUAUCAUUUCAGGUUUUAUUUCUGAUUGUUUGGUUGUGAGCGAGUGCUUAAUUUACCGAGUAUUUAUUAUUUUGGUUUUGUCACAGUUACGCACUGACCACCCUGCAACAUUCACAAGUCUGCUGACGUUUUUCUGUUUCUUGGUCUUGCUGUGGUUGCCCCUUUUUACAUUAAUCCUUGUCAAGGGAACUGUUAGAGCUUGUUUCAACUCUGAUGUUGAAAGCAUAUCAACUCCAAGGAUAUGAGCCUGGAGAUGUAUAGCUCAUUAUUGAUUGGUUAUACUGGCAAUUAGAUGGGCUAUUAUUUACUUGGCACCCAUGUUUUGGCAUAUCUAAGCAUUUUAUACUUGAGAACAAAGAAUAGAGAAACUCAUGUAAGAAUGAAGACGAGUGAUUUCUUAGGUGUACAAAAGUAUGUUUGUGAAACACAUGUUAACUAUGGCUAUGUCAAGUUAGUGUUCUUAAUUAGUACCAUCCAUAAAUGACUGGACAAUGUAACUCAUGUAAAUAUUACAAGAUGUCAACUUGGUAUAUGAACACAGUUGAAAGUCUGAAUUCUGUUUAUCAUGAGAUGUUUGUAAAUUACAAUUCAAGUUGUUGGAGGUCCAUUAAUUAUGUCAGAUUUAGUAUCUUUACUUCUUUGCUCAUGUUUUUCCUAUCUGCCUCUAUUCGGCAUUUAUUCCCAUCACUUGGUUUGCGAGGUUUCUUCCCUUUAGGGCCAAUGAUGUUCAAAUUUAUUUGGGGCACAUCUGGGGAGAUUUCCACUUUUCUAUUUUUCCAGCUUGUUUAACAUUUUUCUGGGAAAUGAGUCUAUGCACCGUUAUUUCCUUGGCGUCUUGCAUUACUUCCUAUUAUGGUUAAGAAGCUAAAAGGCUUCUUUGUCUUGACCGAAUUGUUAAAGCUUAUUAACUAGAAAACUGCCCUUCUAUGUCAAUGAAUAUGACUGUAAGGUCCUAGUCUAUCGCAUUUUUUUUUUUCAUGGCAUGUAUUUCUGCAGAUGUAAAGUGAAAUAGUGAAGACAUGAUCCAGCUGACCUUGGCUGGUUUUUUGUGAAGUUAAAAUUCAACUUUGGCUUGUCUAUAUGCUGCACUUGAAGUAUCACAGCAGCUAUAUUUUCUGGACAUGGAAUAUGAUUCUUGAUGAUCAGCUUAAAAUAAUGUUGGGUUCCAUUUGCUAUGGCAUGAAUCUUUUAGUUCAGAGCAAGAGGCAAAUAAGCAGUCAUAAUCACUGCAUUUGGCAAGUAGCAGGUCAAAUAGAUUCUGUCUUCUGGAGAUAGCCAUUUGAUAAUAUUAGAUUUUGAUAAUAAUUGAAUAGCUCAGUUGCCAUUUCACUGAUAUCUGGAAUUCCUCAUGUAUCAUUUUGGUUCUGAUUAAUUUCACCCCUUCCAAUGUUCUUAAAUUCCUAGUAUUCCUUAACAGAAAACAACUUAGAUGAAAAGAGUUGUCUGAUUCCAAGUUUGUAUAUUGUUUUUUAAUUGCUUCAAGUUUUGACUCUUGUAAUAUGGUUUAGUUGUUGCUAUUCAACUGUCCUUUAGUAAUUAAAGUACUUCAUUUGUUGUUAUUACCCAAAACCCCUUCCCAAUUCUGGAAUUUUUCUGUUUAGACUUGGUUGCAAAAGUGUAUUUAUUGAUGUGCUGUGCUUUUGGAUAUGAUGGGUUGAUGUAAAUGAAAAUAAAUCACAAAAAACUCCUGCAAAUUUCUGUGAAUGAUGAGACUAGAUGCUAAAAAAACCUUUGAAUAUUGGAUUUGCUGUAAGCAAGAGAAACGAGAUUUAUAGAUGCUUUGGUUCCUCUGCCUCAUUGAUUUUGAUCGUGUGUUACCUUUUACCUUCAUUUUGUGGUCCCUUGGACCCCUAAACCUUUCUCAUUUUGCAUUUUGAUGUGACUUUGAUACCAGAAGUUCUGCUGUUAAUGCAUCCUUCACUGCAAUUCUUGUUUCAAAAGUAUUGGGUGCCUUAGAAACCAAUCUACUUCAGAGAAUUGUUUGACUGGUGAACAGGUCACAAUCAGUGGGAGACACGUGAAAAGAGUUUUCUUGUAAAAGAUCUACAAGGCACUGAAGAAUGGUGAAGUCAUGUUGGAUGAAGUGCUUUAUAGCACGGAAGAACCAAAGAGAACUUUGUCAAGACCAACAUGAAGGACUAGAAUCAUGAAACCAUAUUUCAGAGUGCUGGUUGUGAAGCUCCGGAUUUGAUGGUUGUCAAGCAUGGCAAUUUCAUGAGCACUAGGCAUGAACUAGGAAGCCAGGUGGGGAAAGCAAGAAGAAUAGAGAUCAAGGGCAACGAAAGAUUUGACUCGGGUAUGCUUUAAGCUGUUGUGAUAAACUUGCUUUCUGCUUCAAUCCAGCGGCUACAUUGCAGUCAAUUUAUGGCUUACUGAGGUCCGCAAAGACAAGACAGCAAGCCUGUGCCACGCGGUGGUCUCGGAGAGAAGUAGAUGCAUUUGAAUUAUUAGCGUAAGAACAAGGUUUUUGUUUAUAGAACAGUAAAAUUAGUUGAGAGUCUUUUAAGAAACUUGUACCCCAAUGUCAAGUUGCUCAAUGAUUAGAAGGUGCAUUAACUGAAAGUUUACAGGCAAAUUCAGGAGGACAUAGACAAGGACAUGAAAAUCACGUCCUUAAGUGUUUGUCUUUCUUCGGACCACCAAUAAUUCAGGACUCAAAUAUCUAAUCUAUUAAUAUUUCGAUCC